UGUAACAGACAUUUAUGUAAAUGAAAAUAUUCGAGAUUGAUAAUGUAUGGUUCACUUGAUACAGCUCAAUAUAAUCUUCAAAGUAAGUAAUAAGAGGCAACAUUGAGAACCAGAUCUGAAAAAUGCGGCUGUAGUGGAAAGCAACGCUCCCAGGGAACACAUGUAUGUGGGAUUAAUCAAAAAAACAACCACUGAAAGAGAGAGCGGCAAAUUCGUGAAAGGGGUUAGGGGUUAUAGAGAAUCGUUUGGUGUCUGUCUAUACGAGUCCACAAUCUGUCACUGCUCUAUUUAGCUAUCUACGGUGACAGUUAAUGUUAUUACUAGUCGCAACUUCACAAUAGUGAUUGUAUCAUUUGUAAUAUUGUGCCUAUCUGCUAAAAAUAAUGCUGUGUUUGAUAUUUAAAUCAGGUGAAGUUCACAAUAAGGGAUUUAAAAGCAUUUUCCAUUUAAGAAUGACCUAAUGCUGUACAGUGUCCUUGUUAAACAGUGUGUUUUUAAAUGAACCAGAAACCUGUGACCAAGGUUGCAAAGUGUCCUUGCUCAACAUUGUGCCAGUUUUUUGGAAAAUACAGCUUGAUGUUGUUAGCAUCAAAAUCAGUUACAUGUAUCAUCUUUGUGUGUUGGCCAAUACAAACAAAGAACUGAUGCCAUCCAGCCUAAGCCAUAUAAUGCGAAUGUGUAGACUGUGUAACUGUGUAUGACGAAAUUUUUUUCUGUUCACAGAUCAAGGAAUAUGACAUUACUUGACCUUUUCAUUGACCCAUGUGCGCCACAUGCCUGCGCCAGGCGUUGUUCAUGAAUAAUCAGACUUCCUUUGUGCUCACUAAAUGAAGGUAUCCAAGGGGAUUGCUUACCAAAGGAACCAAUGGAGGGUAAAAGUUCAGGACCUUCAUGCUCUGGCCUCAAUCUGGUCGCACACCCCCGAGCAAAAAGCAAAGUCUGGAAAUACUUUGGCUUUGACACAGAUGCAGAUGGAUGCAUAUUGCACUGGAAACGGAUAUACUGUCGUGUAUGUAUGAGUCAAAUAGCUUACUCUGGAAAUACCUCCAAUCUGUCAUACCACCUUGAAAAGAACCAUCCUGUAGAGUUCAGUGAGUUUGUGAAGAGCAACACGGAUCAGAUGCGUGAGGCAUUUGCCACAGCAUUCUCCAGGAUAAAGACUGAACCUUCAGGUCUACAUGGUCAGCAACAAUCCCAGGACACAAACUUAAGGCAGAGUUUGGACUAUGAAAACAGACGACACAAUGAUCUGACAAUAGCUAUCAUCAACUUCAUCUGCGAGGGGCUGUACCCUGUAUCUGUAGUUGAAGAGCAUACGUUUAAGACUUUAAUGAGUACUGUUGAUCCUGGCUACUCUCCACCCAGCAAAAGUGACCUGGCAAUUAAAAUGGUUCCUGAGAUGUAUUGCCGGACCCGGGACAUGGUCUUUAGUGAGCUUGCUGGGGUUGUGAACUGUGGCAUUACUACAGACCUCUGGCAAAGUCAAACCCAGAACAGAACGUACAUUUCACUCUCUAUGCAUUCAGUUAAUUACAAUAGUACAACUGGUUUCUCUAUGAUCAACAAGUGCCUCAAAACAUUUGAAAUACAAGAAGACAACACAGCCGAGAAUAUCACCAGAGCUAUGUAUGAAGCCUUUGUUGAAUGGGGGAUAACUCAUAAAGUUAGCGGUGCCACAACAAAUGGUUCAGUAGACAUUGUCAAAGCAUGCUCACUCUUGGAACUGUCAGUGGAAAUGCCUUGCCUUGGACACACUAUCAAUCGCGCAAUGGCAGAAGCCUUCCAGCUGCCAAGGGUCGACAGCUUUUUGGGAUGUUGCCGCAAACUUGUUGAUCAGUUCAGAGAACCUGCAGUGUAUCUGCUAGGAGAGAAACGGAAGGAGCGUGGCGUCACUCAGUGUGAACUCAUCACAGACAGGGGUAGGUCUUGGUUGGCCACAUUAAUGAUGUUACAAAGACUGAAAGAGCAACAGGUUGCUGUAACUUCAACACUUACAGAGAGUUCCAGCAACCAUCAUUUCAGCUUUGAUGGGUCUGACUGGAUUUUAUUGGAGGGCUUUAUUGAAGUCCUCCAGCCUUUUAAAGUUGUAGCUAAUAUGAUCACUUCUUGCAGGUACCCAACCAUUAGCAUGGUGAGACCUAUACUUCAUAUGCUGUUGAACACCACCCUAAAGGUCAAGGAAGGGGACCUCAAAGAGAUCAGCAUGACCAAAGAGGUUAUCUCCAAGGUCCUAUCAAGCACCUAUUCACAGAAUUCGCAACUAUCGCAGGAGAUCUCAACAUUCCUUAACAUUGCUACAUUCCUGGAUCCCCGGUAUAAGAAGUUGCCUUUCCUGUCCACUCAGGAACGCUCCAAAGUUGAGAGUAACAUCAUCGAAGAGGCAAAGACAAUCCUUGAGAAGCAAAUUUCAGAGCGAUCAUGCCUCGAUGAUUUCUCCUUGUUGUCUGAUGAACCACCAAGCAAAAAACAGGCACCUCUUAGGGAAUCUUCAGCCACUAGUACAACCCAGGACAACCCUUUGGCUGCCAUAUUUUGUCAGUCUGAUGCAGACCAGAGCCAGGAGGAGCUGCAUGCUCAGGUGGUAGAGGAGCUCAGCAACUAUAAGUCACAGAGGGUUCUAGGUCUGAAUGAAAACCCUUUACUGUGGUGGUCAAGUCAUGCAGCCUUGUUCCCCACCCUACCCAAGGUACUGCAGAAGUACUGGUGUGUUCCUGCUACAAGCGUACCUUGUCACAGGCUGUUCAGUUCCUCUGGGACUGUUCUGUGUGGGAAGAGGAACCGCAUAGCUCCAUUUCUAGUAGAUCAGCAGGUCUUCUUGUAUGAGAACUCGCGGAGCUACUACGAAUUGGAACCCUGUGAGGUUGAUGUAGACAAUGUUUGGGAAGGAAACUGUAGUCUGGGUAAGCCUCUUGAGUGAUUGUGGGUUUGGUAUUGGAAAAGGUCAGCAUUUUGACAACUUUAUUCCCUGUUUACUGUGUUACCGGCUUGCACGACCUGGUGAAGCAUUAAAAAGGUCAAGGCAUUACAGGUAGUACUAUGUAUUUGUAAUGGAUCUGUUAAUAACCUUUCUUUGUGUUUUGACCUAUAAUCUGUAUGAAAAGACUUUUGCCUACAUUGUCUCACCCAGUCAUUUAAGAGUAGUACAGUAUUUUGCAGAAAGCUUGCUCUCUUUCCGAGAGUGAGAUGAGAAGAUUGUAUCAAUCUCAUGUCAGAGAGACAGAGCUAAACCCAGGACAUGUUUAGCCUCACUAAUACAAAGACUGGAAGGUGGAGAAACGACUGUCCAAAGUUCAAAAACACGCCUACUAACACCUUUUUAAAGCGAAAUAAUGAACCCUCACUUGCUUAAUUUAUAUAGAAAUAUUAAAAAAAAAUUGUGGAUCGGUUGUUGUUCAAGGAAUAGCUCCAACACUAAAAUCAUGUUGUUUGUAGCUAUGCCAGCAGAUUGGCUCUUGGUUCAAACUAAAUAUCUCAAAGAGAAUUGGAUGAUUGCCAGGAAAACUUUUUUUACACAUCCAUGGUAUCUGGAAGAUGUGUCCUAAUAACUUAAUGGAUCCUCUGACUUUUCAUCUAGAUCUAUAAUCAGGUCAACAUUUGAAUUUGUUCAAUAUUUGCUUUGGGACCAAAUAACUGCAAAACUAAUAACACAAUGACGCUGGACUUUGGGUAAAGUACAUAUUAGCAAGUGUUAACAUGCUAACAUACUAAGAUGGUGACCACGGUAAAUGUUAUACCUGCUGAUAUCUGAAUUUUAGUGUCGUCAUUGUGAGCCGGUUAGAAUGUUAAUGUUAGCAUUUACUUAAAAUCAUAAUUGUGCAUAAGCACAGCCUCACAGAGCUGCUGGUAUGACUGUAGCCUCUUAGUUUCAUUACAUUUCUGUUCGUGAAUGGGUUAAAGAGAUAAGACAAACUAGAUAAUUAGUCAGCUUUUGAGGUGGUGUUGGGCUUUUCUUUUUACUUUGGACAAAGACCGACCCACUCUUAACGCUAUGUCCUGACUCAGGCUCUUUACUUAACACACAAAAUGAGAGUGAUAUUAAUCUUCUGAUCGCAGUCUCAGGAGAAAAAAAAAGCUGCAAGAGGGAAAGAGUGCAAUAAAGUUGAAGGUCCAGAGGAGACAAAGGUCCUCUGGACAAUUUUCCAGAGGAGUAUGAUCAAUAAAUUGUGAUACUGAGCAAGAGCAGUGUGCAGGAUCUUCUUUUCUCAAGACUGUAGUGACAUUUUCCAACGCACUUGCAUCCAAGAUAGUUGGAUAUGCGAAUAUCUCCCUAAAAAUUAUAAAUUAACAAUACCAACUUUUUUAAAAUUUAUUUUGCUAAUGUAUAAAUGAGAGAAAAAUUAUUAAACUGCAAUAAUUGAAAAAAAUUUCCUUUGUCAAAGUCAGUACAGAAAAUGUUCAUUGUCAUAAACAUAACAGCAGAAUCAGCCAUAAUAUGUUCAUGUUGGAUCAAUCAAAUCUGUAAUGACAAACUAAAAGAAUUCUACUGAUUUAUAGUAAUACUGUGUGUUGCCUCUGUCUAUCCUUGCCUCUUACAAACAUUACUCACUAUGUUGUAAGCUCUGUUUUGUUUGUUUGUUUGUUUUUUUUUGUCCAUUUCUGUUGCACUUUAAAUUUUUUUCAGUCUGUAUGAUUCAACUUAAAAAUAUCUUGCUUUGAAGAAUACUGGCACAUAUACCAUGUGAUGUAUAAAAACUUUGUGAAAGUAAAGACUUUGUUUUCGACAUUUGGCUGACUGGUUGAUCUUCAGACCCUUUUUAUUGCAAUAUUAAUGGUGUGUUCUGUGAUUUGUUUUGGCCAAUGUGGAUCAGUAGACAAAGUCCCACAUUUCAUUGUGGAGCAUGUAGACUCUGACCUGCACUGAUUGGACUGCCAUUGUGCUGUUUGUUUAAAUGAGGUGUGGCAACAUCUAAUAUGAUAGAUGAACUGGGAAAAAAAACAAAAAAACCCCAACAAAAUCUUAGUCCUCUCUGCCUGCCCGGUCAGGAACUGGAUCAGUAAGACUCAGCAACCUGGCUGUGGUGCCACUACUUUUAACCCUACCUGUUAUUCACAAAGAAAAAAUCAAAUCAUAUUGAUACUGAUUUGAAGGAUUGAAUUAUGUACUCAUGUGGUGCCCUUUCUCCU